ACCGACCGCCGCCUCCACACGUGUAAGCGCUACGAGAUGCGGUUGUAUUCGCAGCACACUGGCGUCAUCGUGGGGCAUUGUCUAUUGGUGUAAAAUUUACAAUCCUUUGUCCCACAUAGGGCGAUCUCCCGGAAGAUUUUCCUAGCCAACGCCUCACCCACCCCUGCGUCCAGUGAGGUCGGGCCGCGGAGGACCGUGUUGUAAGCUAGGUACAGGAUGCAUGAACCGACUGUCGCCCUAUGUAAGAAGCCAAUGGCCACGUCUCUGGACGCAAUGUCUUUGUCUCUCUCCUCAUACCUUGACAUCGUCUCAGUCUACUCACUUCACUGACUACUACCCUUUCACAAUGCUUGUACCCAAGACCGCUCUUCUUGCCCUCGCGCUCUGCGCCUCUGAUGCCCUCGCCUUGGAUCCAAAGUGUGCCCCUGGUGGCAACUUUGACCUCAACAAGUUUGUUCUUCAGCUCCCCAGCGGCUCUCCAGGCAAGCCCGACCAAAUCCCCGCCUCGCGCCUCAAGGGCUGUGAUGGCUUCCAGGAUGGCAAGUACUUCUUCACCGAUGGCAAUGGCGACGGCGCCAUGGUCAUGAAGGCUCCUGGCGGCGGAAACUGUGCUACCUUCAACGGCGCACCUCGCUGCCGCUCUGAAUUUGGCGAGACGAGCCCAUGGAGCUCCAGCGCCGCUACCAACCGCUUGAAGGCCGAUCUCUCCGUCAACAGUGGCAGCAGCAUCUGCAUUGGUCAGGUGUUCCAGUCAAACUCCAACAACAAGCCUCUUGCCGAAGUUUACUACAACAGCAAUGGCGAAAUUACCGUUGGUGUUGAGUACGUCGCGACCGGCGGCCAGGGCCAGGACUUAAACAAAAUUGGCUCCGUCUCUGCCAAAACCCGAUUCCAUUACGAGAUGCGCUUUGAGAAGGGCAACCUUCAGUUCUCCCUCAACGGAGGAGACUUCAAGACCCUCAAGCAGUACUUUAAGACUGACAAGGCCUUUUUCAAGAUGGGCAACUACAACCAGGGCAAGGACGACACCUCCAUUCACGUCUACGGUCUCUCUAUUGAGCACUAAGUCAGAUAUAAUGGGUCGGGGCCUUGUUGCCUUUCCUUCUUAUAUGUAUAUAAUGUAUAUGUAUGCCGGUAU